AUGCUAUCAAAUAUCAAUAACAAAGACUCUUUCGCAUUAGAUCGGUCGACCAGAGUAGCACUGGGAGAUAACGAAUCUUCAAAAUCUAUCUAUCUAUCUAUCUAUCUAUCUAUCUAUCUAUCUAUCUAUCUAUCUAUCUAUCUCAGUCUCGUCAUUAUCUAUCUAUCUAUCUAUCCAUCCAUCUAUCUAUCUCUAUAUAUUUUCAUGGUUGUAAAUGGCUCUCAGUCUCUUAAUUAUCUAUCUAUCUAUCUAUCUAUCUAUCUAUCUAUCUAUCUAUCUAUCUAUCUCAGUCUCUUCAUUAUUAUCAUAUCUAUCUAUCUAUUCAUUCUAUCUAUCUAUCUAUCUCAGUCUCUUCAUUAUUAUCAUUCAUCUAUCAUUAUCUAUCUAUCUAUCUAUCUAUCUAUCUAUCUAUCUAUCUCAGUCUCUUCAUUAUCUAUCUAUAUCUAUCUAUCUAUCUAUCUAUCUAUCUAUCUAUCUUAUUAUAUUCUUAUCUGUCUUUUCUUUUCAUAUCUAUCUAUUUAUCUAUCUAUGCUACAGGAGUCAUCCACUUGUUCAUUAUCUAUCUAUCUAUCUAUCUAUCUAUCUAUCUAUCUAUCUAUCUCAGUCUGUGUGUCUCAUUUGGCUUAUGUCUUUAUAUCUCAGCUUGUUCAUAUCUAUCUACCUUUCUUUCUUUCUAUCUAUCUAUCUAUCUAUCUAUCUAUCUGA